AGACCAUGGUGAACCCAGGCAGCAGCUCCCAGCCACCCCCAGUGGGUGCGGGGUCCCUCUCUUGGAAAAGGUGCGCAGGCUGCGGGGGCAAGAUCACAGACCGCUUUCUCCUCUACGCCAUGGACAGCUACUGGCACAGCCGCUGUCUCAAAUGCUCCUGCUGCCAGGCACAGCUGGGAGAGAUUGGCACGUCCUGCUACACCAAAAGCGGCAUGAUCCUUUGUAGAAACGACUAUAUCAGAUUAUUUGGAAACAGUGGAGCCUGCAGUGCGUGUGGACAGUCUAUUCCAGCAAGCGAGUUGGUUAUGAGGGCACAAGGCAAUGUCUAUCAUCUCAAGUGUUUCACAUGUUCUUCCUGCCGGAAUCGGCUGGUCCCGGGAGAUAGGUUCCACUACAUCAAUGGCAGUUUGUUCUGUGAACACGACAGACCCACAGCUAUCAUUAACGGCCACUUGAAUUCGCUUCAGACUAACCCUCUACUGCCAGACCAAAAGGUCUGCUAAAAGGAAUGGAGCCGUGCCAGCAAGCAGCAGGAUGCGUGUCUUCAUGUCAGACCUGGCCCGUCGUCCCCGGUGGGCUGUCACUCUGGUUCUGCAGCGAGUCACCUUUCCGGCCGGUGUCUAUGCCACCUCCAGCACCCCAUGCCAUUGUAUUUCCCUUUUUUACUCUUGACUGCCCUCUUCUCGAGUCCGUUCCUGCGUUCACAUGACUGAGGAGGAACAUGAAGGACUCCAUGAACCUGGACUAAUGGGAGACUGUGUGUAGGGAAAAUGAGAAUUUUAAAAGAAAAAAAAAAACAUCCUGAAGGGGAAAAAAAAAAAGACAAAUGAAGCUAAUUAAGAGCAGCUUUUCCAAUCUGCAUUGUUCCUCCGUUAACAAUUAGCAGGGCGAUGACCACAGUUUUAUACCCUUUACUCUACCUUCUUUACAACCUUCUGUUUGCUCUUAGUAUAUCUUAAGUGUUGUAAAAGAAAUGUUUCAUUUUGAAAAAAAAAAAAAAAACAAUAGACUGUGGGAUAAAGAGAUCUGUGGCUUUUGUGGAAAUCUAUCAUAAACACUUUUGGUGUAACUCUGUAAAAUGCCAUGUAUGUAUGCAUGCAAGUGUUUUUAUUGUCCCAUUGUUGCUACCCCUUCUCGCCCUACCCCCAACCCAUAAACACCCUCCACAGCGCAAAUCUGAAGCAUAUAGUAGAUAAAAUGUAGAGAUUUUCAACAACCUAUACAUGCUGAAUGAAAAAUAAAUCUAUUUGUGAUAUUUUCAGA